AUGGCUUCUUCUUCAACUUCAUCCAUUCAUGAGAGCAGCUUCAAGUAUGAUGUAUUUCUGAAUUUUAGAGGUGAAGACACUCGUAGGACAUUCAUUGAUCAUCUUUAUCACGCUCUUAAGCGAGAAAGCAUUAAAGCUUACAAGGAUGACAAGAACCUCGAGAGAGGGAAACAAAUCAGUAGGGAGCUCAUUCAAGCCAUCGAAAACUCAAGAUUCCAUGUCAUUGUUUUCUCCAAAGACUACGCAUCUUCGUCUUGGUGCUUGGAUGAGCUUGUCAAGAUUAUGGAGUGCCAAAAGACGAUCUCUGAGGAGCAUACUGUUUACCCUAUAUACUACAAUGUGGAACCCACUCAAGUCCGCAAACAAAGUGGGGCAUUUGGAAAAGCCUUUGCCAAACAUGAAAAGGACGAGGCUGCUGGUAAAUGGAGAGAGGCUCUGGUAAAAGCAACAUCUUUCAGCGGGAGAGAAUUGAAGACUACUGCUGAUGGGCAUGAAGCUGAAUUUAUCAAAAUAGUUGUCAAGGAGAUUUCAUUGAAGUUACCUUCCAUCAGCGCUGAUGAAAAUUUAAUAGGCAUGAGGACUCAGAUAAAUGGCGUGGUUUCAUCUUUAAAUGCUUUUCCCCAUGAGUUUUGCAUGAUAGGAAUCACAGGGAUGGGAGGCAUUGGGAAGACAACUUUGGCCAGAGCUGUUUUUGAUCAAAUAUGCAAUCAGUUCGAAGGUAGUAGCUUUGUUGAGAAUGUCCGGGAUUUUUCAAGUUCCCUUUUAUUAGGUUUGAAGUUGUUGCAACAACAAGUCCUUAGAGAUGUGUUAAAUAGGCAAGAUAUCACUGUAAAUGGUGUCUUUGAUGGGAAAAAGAAGAUGAAAGAGGAGAUGCCUAGUAGAAAGGUUCUUGUUGUUCUAGAUGAUGUGGAUCAUAUAGACCAGCUUAAGGCCUUAGGUGAACCUAAGUGGUUCAUGAAGGGAAGUAGAAUUAUCAUUACAACAAGAGAGAAGCAGGUACUAGUAGCACAUAAAGUGAAGUUGAUACAUGAUGUCAAUCUGUUAAUGCCUGAGGAAGCAAUAUGUCUUUUAAGUAGGUGUGCGUUUGGGACAGAGUCUCCAAUUCCAGGUUACGAAGAGCUAUCACGAAAAGCUGUAAGUUACGCUGCUGGUCUUCCUUUAACAAUCACGGUAUUGGGUUCAUCUUUAUGUGAUGCAAAUGAGGAUGUAUGGAUAGAUACCCUAAAAGAACUAGAAAAAAUUCCACUGGAUGCAACUUUGCAAAAGUUGGAGUUAAACUAUAUGGGUUUAGAUAUCAAUUGCAAGGAAAUAUUCCUAGAUGUUGCAUGCAUAUUGAAAGGUUGGAAGAAAAACAAAGCAAUCAAAGUGCUUGAAAGCCGUGGAUUUCAUGCUAUACGUGGUUUGAGUGUUCUUGAGAACAAAUCACUCAUAUCUAUUUCUAAAUGUGGCUGCUUGGACAUGCAUGACCAUAUACAAGAAAUGGGGAGGUACAUUGUUCGUCGUGAGAACCUCGAUGAUCCUAGAAGACACACACGGUUGUGGAUUGAAGAGGAAAUUAAAGAUAUAUUGGCUAAGAAUUUGGUUCUUGACAAGCUCCGAUUCCUUAAAUUCAGUCAUUCCAAGUUGAGGACCCUUGAUCUCGGGCUAACUCCAGAUCUUGAGAGGUUAACUCUUCGUUCAUGUAGUUGUUUGGAAGAACUUCACAUGCCUGUUAGAUGUUCAAAACUCAAAACCCUCAAACUUAGUGGUUCAAAGUUGAGUACCCUUGACCUUAGGUUGGUUCCGAAUGUCAAGACAUUGAAUCUUGAGGGAUGUGAUUUGGUAGAACUUGACAUGCCUCGUGAAUGUCCACAACUCAAAUCCCUUACGCUGAGUUGUUCGAAGUUGAGAUCCCUUAACCUUGAUGAUUUGGUAGUUCCAAAACUCGAGUACCUCAAACUCAUUAAUUCAAAGUCAAGGACCCUUAAGUUGACUUUGAAUAUUAGGACAUUGAUUCUUGAAUGUUGUGCUUUUGUAGAACUUCACAUACCCGAUGGAGAUGUUAAGCUUGAAUCCAUAGACAUCAGAAGAUGUUCAGAGUUGAAGACCCUUGACCUUGGGCGAAUUCCAAAUCUCGAGAGUUUACAUCUUAAAAAAUGUUGUAAUUUGGUAAAAGUUCACCUUGGCGUUGGAGUUCUAAAAAAGCUAAUCCACUUAGAAUCACAUGGUUUUUUGAGGUUUACAGAUUUGGAUAUCUGGAAUAGGGUUGGAUUACCUGAGUUAAUUCUGUUUGCAGAGUCAUUUGAUAUGUGCCCAUUGCACCCCGAUAGUAAUCUUGCAAUCCGGUUUUAUUGUUGUUAUAAGGAAGAUCUACCCUCAUCUAUUGGAAAUAUUGAGAAGCUUAUUUCGGUAGGUAAUUCUACUUGCCCUUGCACAGACCUUCAAAGUUUUUUUGGAAGCAUUUGUGGUUUACAAGAUUUAACAAAACUUACACUCAAAGGCAGAAUUCCAAAGGCGCCCAAGGAUCUUGACCGGUUACAAUGUCUAGAGGAGUUAACUUUCUGGUCUACAGAGAUUGAAUAUCUUCCGGAUAGCAUUUGUUUGUUGAAACAUCUGAGAAUUCUUACUAUUUUUGAUUGUAUGCUUCUAGAGAAGUUACCCGGGGAUCUUGACGGAUUACAAUCUCUAGAGGAGCUAACUUUUCAGCAUACAAGUAUUAAACAUCUUCCGGAUAGCAUUUGUAUGUUGAAACAUCUGAAAAAUCUCACAUUUUAUUGUUGUAAGCUUCUUGAGAAGUUACCAGAGGAUCUUGGGCGAUUACAAUGUUUAGAGACGCUAAGCCUAUCAUAUUGUAUACUUUUACGAGAUAUUCCGAAGAGUAUAUGUAGGAUGACACGGCUAAAAUAUUUCCGUCUCCCCAACUGUAGAGUCGAGGAAUUGCCUGAGGAACUCGGACGUUUAGAAUGUUUAGAAGAGUUGAAUAUUGAAGGUACAUGCAUAAAUCAUCUUCCGAAGAGGAUGAAGAAAGGUCUGUUUAUUGUUGGGUCUAGAAAGGUUCUUGAGUCGUGUGAUUCACAUCCAAGAUACAAACCUCAGGCUACAGAACCUUUUGCUACAUAG